AUGUCGGAUCAUGCUAACGAUGGAAUUCCAGACUUCCUGUCGACAUCGGGGGACAUGACAGCGAACCUCUUCGGGGUCAUCGACAGAGACAAUGUUCACGGGCUGAAUCUCACAGUUCCAGAGGCCGCGAAAGACCUCAUUAAACCUUGGAGUGAACGCGAAAGCACUGAGACAUUCGCAGACUCGAAUGUGGACGACCAGAUGAUCGUGCAUAUACCCUUCUCUGAGAAUGUUCGGGUGCGAUCGUUAUUCCUGAAGCUAGGGAGAGGCGAAGUCGCUCCUCGUCAACUUCGCAUAUAUGCGAACCACCCCAAUAUCAUAGAUUUCUCCGAGGCUGAAGAGAACAAACCGUUAUUGAAUAUCAGCCUGCUAGAGGGAGAGACUACCGUCAUCGAGUAUCCGCUGCGUGUUGCGGCAUUCUCAAGCAUCAAUUCGCUUUCUCUCUUCUUUGGCGAUUCGGUGGGAGGAAACGCCUCCAGGAUAUAUUACAUUGGAUUCAAGGGGGAACUCCGAACCUCACGAAGGUCGGGGACGAGCAAGCUUGUGAUACCAGCUGCAACCGGGGCUGACGCGUCGUUGACCGAUCGCGUAUCGGAGAGAGCCGCACAACCGCAACCUACCGCAAAGUAG